UGCUUGCUGCACCAAGUACCCACUUCCCAAUUUGCAUUUUCACACUCUUCCUGUUUAACUCAACUUGAUUUCAUUCAACAACUUAAUAACUGCUAAUUUGAUCGGAGAGAUGAAUGCAAUUGGGGUCAAAUCUUUGCCUGGAUUUGCAAGCUUGCGUGAUGGAAAUCCUGCAUGUAACGUGAAAUCAAGAAAUGUUCUGCCAAUCAAGGCAAUAGCUUCUGGGUCGCAGCAGCAGACGGUGAAGAUGAAUGUGGCCACCACUAAUGGCAAUGUUAAUACCCUUAUUCCAAAUGUUCCCCCUCUAGAAAAACCCAGUGCAGCAAAUGGACAUGCAGAGAAAAGCCAGAGCUCGUUGUCUCAAAUUGGAAAUUCAACAAAUAUAAAAUGGCAUGAAUGUACAGUUGACAAAAAUGAUAGGCAGAAAUUGCUCAAACAAAAAGGUUGUGUCAUAUGGAUCACAGGCCUCAGUGGUUCAGGAAAAAGCACAGUAGCAUGUGCUUUGAGUCAAAUGUUAUACCAAAGAGGAAAACUGACUUACAUUCUUGAUGGUGACAAUCUUAGACAUGGCCUAAACAAUGACCUCAGUUUUAAAGCAGAAGACCGUGCAGAAAACAUCAGACGAGUUGGGGAAGUGGGGAAGCUGUUUGCAGAUGCUGGAGUUAUUUGCAUUGCGUGCCUGAUUUCUCCUUACAGAAAGGACCGAGAUGCCUGUCGCAAAAUAUUACCAAACGGAGAUUUUAUUGAGGUGUUUAUGGAUAUUCCACUUCAGGUUUGUGAAUCAAGAGAUCCAAAGGGCCUGUAUAAGCUUGCUCGUGCAGGGAAGAUCAAAGGCUUUACUGGCAUCGAUGAUCCUUAUGAACCACCACUGAAUUGUGAGAUUUCAUUGAAACUUAACAAUGGAGAAAAUGCUUCCCCUUGCGAGAUGGCUGAAGAAGUGAUUUCUUACAUGGAAGAAAAUGGGUAUCUUCAAGCAUAAACACUUCCUCUUGGGCAUCUACAUAUAUGCCUUUGGGCACUAUAAAGAUUGUACAUUUUGUACUGUUAUAAAGCUGGGACUGCACUAUCAACAUCUGAAGUUGAUCAUAACUAGAAUCAGGAAUGUCAUUUUGGUAUCUUUUGCUUAUAGUUUUAUUGGUCAAUAACUAAUUCCAACUUUCAUUUCUUCUUAUAUAUUCUUUUUGCUUUUUUCUUAUUGUAAGUGUGAAGGUGAAAUAGCUUAGGCCAAAUAGCAUCACCCCAUACACUUACAGUUCCAUUAUAUGUAAUACGUUUCUUUUCUUGUUCAAGAUGUAAUUAGGUCGUUUUGAAAGAAUAAGAUCUCCUUUCAUUUGUA